ACAACAGGAUUAUUUACUUCUCUCUGCGCAGUGGUCUUGGCUGCACUGCCAGCUUUUGCUGUUUUGUAAAGAAGUUCGAUUGUUGUUGAUUUAGUUGUUAUUGUUCCAUUUUUGCGUAUAACAUUUUCUAGAAAUAUGUCUCACACGGCAUACCAGAGACAGUGGAUAGAAGCCCAGUCUAGCCUAAAUGACCUUUUGGCCCAGGAGCUUCCACCGGAACCACCGAAACCGGAAAAAGAUCGCUUGAAUGCGUUCCAAAACUUAGCAACUAUGUAUAUAAAAUAUAUACACAUAUUCCACAAACUUGAGCAGUGUUACGACCAGAUCGUUCACCCACAGAAGAGGAGGGUGAUUCGGCAUGUGCUGGAUGGCGUGAUGGGAAGGGUGCUUGAAUUAAAAAAUGAACUUGUUCUUCUAGAGCUGUCAGAAUUUCAUUAUUUUGAUGAUAUUUUAUCAGAUUUGAAGUUAGCACCAGGGGACAUAGAAAUACCAAUUCCAAAAUAUUUCAUCAAUGAACGAAGCAAAGUGUUGCAGGACCGCGAGAAAUUACUUGGGCAGAUUCUUGCGAAAAUGGGACCACAGGAGGAGAAGGAGGAAGAGGUGAAAAUGACAACAGAUGAAGCAAUACGUCUCAUACAAAUUCACGAGAGAGCACGGCAAGGCAGACUACGGGCCAAAUUUAUGCGAGAAAUCCGCUUACAAGAGGAGCGCGAGAGGUUAGCUGCUAAUCGUGGUGCCCCAACACUGGAUGCGGAUGUUGCCGCUGUCCGGAUUCAGAAAACAUGGAAAGGAUAUGCUGUUCGUAAACGGUCCAAACGAGAACGACAAGAGGAAAUGAUGUUCAUUGGAAUGAUAUCCCCGCCACAAUCCGGUAAUCCCAAGAACACGCCGCAAUACCUUGCAGAAAAAACACAAAAUGCCCGCAGAGUGACGCAAACUGAUCACGAGAGAGAAUACCAGAAAGCGCUGGUGUCAAUCAAAGACAAACUCCGUGAAGUCGAGGGCCCUGAUGUCAAGGAGACCAUGCAGGACCAGAUUAGGCAGUGGUUUAUUGAAUGCCGUGAUAAGACUGGCAAAUUUCCAGACUAUCCUGAUGAGGAUGAAGGGGGAUCAGCUAUGAUUUUCAAAGAGAAAACACCAGAGGAGGUGGAGGCAGAACUACGUGAGCAAGAAGAAGACAAAGGAAAGAAGGGAAAGAAAGGGAAAAAGGAAAAGAAGGAGAAGAAAAAGGAUAAAAAGAAGGACAAAAAAGGAAAGAAAGGCAAAAAAGGCAAAGGAGGAGAUGAGGAGGAAGAGGAAGAAGGCUUCAAGCUCCAACCAUCAAAUUUCCUUUCAACAGUCAAUGAGAGCUCCAAUGUAUAUGAAAGUGUGUGGAGGACUCGCAAUGAAGAGACUAAUUUUAGUCAGAAACACGAUGCGGAAUUGAUCAAAGAAGACAAAAGAAUUGAAGUUGAAACUGAGAUUCGCCAACAAGUCGAUGAGCUUAUGAGACAAGAACUGAAGAAUCUAAAAUUAGCUGUAGAUAGAGACAAGGGAAAGAAAGGCAAGAAAGGUAAAAAAGGAAAGAAGAGUGGAAAGAAAAGUGGAAAGAAGAAGAAAAAGAAGAGUGGAAAGAAAAGUGGGAAGGGAAAGAAAAAGAAGAAGGAAAAGGACCUUACACCAGAUAGAACGAUCGAUUCAUUGUAUGAGGAGAUGGUAACAGAGGGCAUCCUGGUACGUUCUCCCAAGUUUUAUUUGAGGGAAUACGAAGGAGAAUACAGCUAUCUAGGAACCACCCUGAGACAGGCCAAUAUUGAGCCUAUGCCUUCAUUAUCAGAUGUUCGUCAAUUGGUGGCGCUAUAUGGAAUUCUUCCUCUAGGUUCACAAGCUGUGCACGAAAAAGCGCCCUUGAUAAAAUCUCUGCUUCUGGCUGGUCCUCGAGGAACAGGAAAGCGUAGCCUGGUCCACGCCAUCUGCACAGAGACAGGAGCAAAUCUUUUUGACCUUACGGCAGCCAACAUCGCUGGUAAAUACCCCGGAAAGAGCGGACUACAGAUGCUGAUGCAUAUUGUGAUAAAAGUAGCAAGGAAUUUACAACCGUCAGUGGUCCUAAUGAAUGAUGCUGAAAAAACAUGGCUGAAAAAAGUUCCAAAAACAGACAAGACCGACCCAAAGCGAUUGAAGAAGGAAAUCCCCAAGAUGUUAAAAGGCCUGAAGCCAGAGGACCGUAUCCUGUUUGUCGGAACAUCACGUUGUCCAUUUGAUUGCGAGAUGAAAGGCAUAACUGGGGCUUUUCAAAAGAUUGUUCUUAUUCCGAGACCAGACUAUGCAUCAAGGCAUUUACUGUGGCGAAGUUUGAUAGUCAAACAGAAUGGCAUCAUCACCCAAAACUUAGACGUAAGCUCUCUGACCAAAAUCAGCGACGGCUACACUCAGAAGCACCUGGUGACUGCUUGCACGCAGGUGCUAACAGAACGAAGGGUGUCCCAACUGGCCAAGAGGCCUCUGACUGCUGCCGAGUUUGUCCCUUCCCUAGCACGGAUCGAUCCAAUUUACAAGGAGGAGGAAGAAGCAUUUAAGUCUUGGUAUGCAAAAACACCCUUAGGAAAGAAACGUGCAAAAGCAGCUGAAGGCAAUGAUGAAGAUGAUGGAAAAGGCAAGAAAGGAAAGAAAAAGGGAAAGAAGAGUGGAAAGAAGGGAAAGAAGAAGAAGUAAACUAGAUCCAGAUCCUCCGGCUUAUAAAUCCCCAACUAAAAUUAACAUUCCAAACGGAAGUAAUUGUUGAAGCAUAAUUAUAGUGGUAAUUGACAAAGAUAUUAAAUAUGUUUCGAUAUGUUUGUACUAUACAUCAAAUUUGCCUUGGUUAAAAAUAAAAUAUUUAUGAGUUAAAAACAUGACUUCUUAAAUCUGGAAUACUUUAAAGGAAGGAAUAUAAAAGAACCACAUUGAAGAUAAAGCAUCUCCAGACAAUCACAGGAUGUGCAACAUAGGUCGUUCACAUUUCUAACAGAAAUAGAUGACAGAUGCUGUUAGAGGGCUAAGUGCAAGAUAUUGGGAGCACGGUUGGGCAAAUUGUGGCCUGAUGGUUAUUUUGUUCCAGCCCGCAAACAUAAAUUUGAACCCUAUGUAUGCGACCCGCCAACCAUCUUUGAUUAGAAAACCCCUUGUUUUUUACGACCAGAAACCAAUCGCCUCUAAAAAUUAACAUUAGAACUGAGUGCGAUAUAAAAGCAGGUCUGUACAAGUUAAAGCAGACAUGAUGGUUUGCGUCGUAGAAUAACAUGUUCAAUAAUUGUCAUUGACGGCUUAAGAUUGUCGAAUAUCAUACUACUGCAAUAAAUGAGUAUUAAAAUGAUUAAGAAAAUUUUAAGAAAAGCCAAUAAACAGAGACUUCGAAUAUACUAAACAUUUAUUUCAUCUGACCAUGCAAAAAUACAUGAUAUUAAUUAUACUAAAAUGAAUAAAGAUUAUUAACAAUGUGAUAAAUUGCA